AUGGCUUCCUUCAAGCCUCAGGAUGCCAUUGACCCGGCAGACGAACACUUGCCAGAGUCUCGCGACGGUCGCCAGGACUCCACGGCAUCCGCGGCUAAGAUCGUUCAUAAUGCAAAAGCCGCGACGGAUAAGGAGCAGCAGAUGACCCUGUUGCAAGGCAUCAAACUUUACCCGAAAGCCGUCGCAUGGAGUGUUUUCAUCUCUACUUGUAUAGUCAUGGAAGGUUACGACAUCAGUCUGGUCAACAAUUUCUACGCUUUUGAUCAAUUCAACAAGAAAUACGGCGAGCUAACGGCUGAUGGGACAUAUGAAGUACCGGCUCGGUGGCAAGCAGGUCUGAGCAACGGUGCGUAUGUUGGAGAAAUUAUUGGGCUUUUCAUCAAUGGAUGGGCUUCGGAACGGUUCGGAUACCGGCCUACUAUGAUCGCAUGCCUCAUCUUGAUCACAGCGUGGACUGCCAUCUUUUUCACCGCACCCAAUGUUCAAGCAUUACUCGCUGCCGAGAUCCUCGCCGGUAUCCCCUGGGGUGUCUUCCAAACACUCUCGGUCACAUAUGCAUCAGAGGUUUGUCCGGUCGCUUUGCGGGGAUACCUAACAACCUAUGUCAACUUUUGCUGGGGUCUAGGUCAGCUGAUUGGUAUCGGUGUGAUCAUGGGAAUGAUUGACCGGACUGAUGAGUGGGCAUAUCGGAUCCCGUACGGCCUACAAUGGAUGUGGCCGGGACCCCUGCUCGUUGGGAUCUUCCUGGCACCUGAGUCGCCGUGGUGGCUUGUAAGGAAAGGCAAAACGCAGGAAGCCAAACGAGCUCUUCAACGGUUAACUAGCGCGAAGCGAGACACCGACUUUGAUCCAGACGAAACCAUUUCCAUGAUGGUUCAUACCACGGCACUCGAAGCCAAAAUUACGCGAGGUGCUAGCUAUUUCGACUGCUUCAGGGGCACCGAUCUACGGCGAACGGAGAUCGUUUGCAUGGUAUGGGCUAUCCAGAACCUAAGCGGUAACUCCUUCUCCAACUAUUCCACAUACUUCUUGAAGCAGGCAGGCUUAGCCACCAAUAAAUCCUAUGCUUUUGCCAUGGGGCAAUACGGUAUCAAUAUGGUGGGCGUUUUCGGGGCAUGGUUUCUCAUGACCCUGGGAAUCGGUCGCAGAACCCUCUACCUGUACGGACUUUGCGGUCUCUGUGUCAUGCUACUUGUCAUGGGCUUCCUCGGCCUGGUUCCAGAUUCACACCGGGACCAAUCAGCUCUCGCGACAGGCGCUAUGAUGCUUGUCUGGGCUUUGUUCUACCAAUGCACUGUUGGAACAGUCGCAUACUCCCUGGUCGCUGAACUUUCUACCCGCCGACUGCAAAUCAAAACGGUGGUCCUUGGCCGCAAUCUAUAUAACAUUGUCGCUAUUGUGUGCGGUGUCCUGACCCCAUAUAUGCUCAACCCAGAGGCCUGGAACUGGAGUAAUUUCGCGGGUUUCUUCUGGGGUGGAAUCUGCUUCCUGUGUGUCAUUUACACCUACUUCCGCGUCCCCGAGCCCAUGGGCCGUUCCUUUGCUGAACUGGACCUUCUCUUUGAACGAGGUGUUAGCGCACGCAAGUUCGCUAGCACUCAAGUGGAUGUCUUCGAUGAAACCAUUGAAGACCACGUGGUGAAAAACUAUCAAACACAGAAGUCGGCCACAACUGACGUGGCCCAGUUGGAGAAGCAAGCCGGGUCGUCAUGA